AUGAACGACGCAUCAAUGAAACUGCUGUUAGAUGAGAUGAAACAAAACAAAGAAGAAUCAAAGAAUGCAAUACAAGCCAGUGAAUGUAGAUUGCAACUCACCAUUGAAGAUCUCAAAAAGGAGAUAGUCACACUAGAGAAAGAGAACUCUAAACUCCAGAACAAAGUCGAACUGAUAGAGAGAAACAACAAACGGAAUAACAUCAUCGUAUUUGGACUAGGAAAGCAUAAAAACUGCCCAGUCAAAAUUGAGUUCAUAUCCUAUCUCAAGAAAAAUACCAUCUUCCAAAAAAUAAGUAAUUUGAAGAAUACUGGAAUUGCUAUAGCCCACGACCUCACCCAAAACCAACAAGAAGAGUUUAAGAUCCUAAAAUCUCAUUUGCGAGGGGUGAGAAAGGAUAAUUCAAAGAAGAGUUACCUCAGAGGCAACAAGCUAAUAGUUGACGGAAUUGAAUACACAGCUGAAGAUUUACAAGAAAGAGAAAACAUUCUUCGAGAGCACACCAUCAGCGAACCAUCAACACCAACACAGAGUCCAGCUACGGCACAAAUUAUCUCCAAAAAAAUUGAAGUUCCCAAACCACUGAAGGAGACACUGCCAAUAAAAAAAGUUAACUCAAAGGACUACGGUGAAAUAAUCAAAACCCGGUCAAAUUCCAACUCAUCUCAAAUCCAUGGAAUGCCCUCAGAAUAA